UUUUCUACUACAGAAGAACCAGUUGACUCUCCGGAAGUCAGUCAUACAAUAAAAGAACCAAAUCCAAAUCAAACAAACAAACCAUGUAGACUACAAAACAAAACACACAUUCAAUGUUUUCACCUCUAUGAUGAUCUUCCAACUACAUGGAACAGCUUCAUCAACUUCAUUUGUCUAAACAAGUAAAAAACAAAACGCUUUCAAGGUGGCUCCGGUAAUUGGUUGAACUUAGGUCAUUGGUGAAUUGAACAUAGUGGGAAACUUUAUGCAUCUGCUUGUUACCAUUUGAUACUAAUAUCAUCAGGACUUUCUUUCUUGUUGCCAUAAGAGAAGAAUGGGGAAACUUGUGGCAAUAAUUCUUUCUGCCAUAUUUGUAAUGUGUUGUGGGAGUCAAGUGAUGUCAGAUGCAAUUGAUCAUCGCUACAAAGCUGGAGAUCUUGUUCCUCUCUAUGCCAACAAGGUUGGGCCAUUUUCCAAUCCCAGUGAAACUUACUGCUACUUCAAUCUUCCCUUUUGCUCACCAGAUUAUGUAAAGGAGAAGAAGGAAACUCUAGGUGAGGUAUUGAAUGGAGAUUGUCUUGUCAAUGCUCCAUAUAAACUUGAAUUCCGGAUAGAUAAAGAUUUUCAAGUUGCUUGUAGAAAGAACUUGACAAGGGAAGAAGUUAUUCAGUUCCGAACUGCAAUCAAAAGGGAUUAUUACUUCCAAAUGUAUUAUGAUGACCUGCCAAUCUGGGGAUUCCUUGGAAAGAUUGACAGACUAGGCACAGCUGUGCCAAAUGAUAGAUUUUUUCUUCUCAUGCACCUUCACUUUGAUAUUUUUUUCAAUAAGGACCGUGUGAUUGAGGUCUCUGUCCGUAUGGACCAUACACAUGUUGUGGACCUUACUGAGGACAGGGAGUUGCAUGUGGAGUUCAUCUACAAUGUGAAUUGGAAGGAAACAAAGAUUUCAUUUGAGAAAAGAAUGGAAAAGUAUUUGCAGUCUUCUUUCCUACCACAUCACUUAUAUAUCCAUCGGUCUGCAAUAAUGAAUUCAUGUAUUACAGUUCUCAUCCUAACUGGUUGCUUUGUAACAUUUUACAUGCGAGUCCUUAAGAAGGAUUUUAUGGAACAUACAUACAAUGAAGUAUUAACUGAUGACCAAGACGAGAAGGGGUGGAAGUAUAUUCUUGGUGAUGUGUUUCAGUACCCAAAUCACAGGUCUUUGAUUGCUGCAGUCCUUGGUUCUGGCACUCAGUUGUUUAUUCUUACCAUCCUAAUUAUGAUACUGGGACUAGUUGGUGUCUUUUAUCCAUAUAACCGGGGAAAUCUCUUGAUGGCUUUGGUCUUCAUAUAUGCAAUUACUUCUGGUAUUGCAGGAUACUCAUCAACCACUUUUUAUCAUCAACUAGAAGGAACGAAUUGGGUGAGGAAUCUGUUGUUUGCAGGAUGCCUUUUUUCUGGUCCUCUGCUUUUCACAUUCUGCGUACUUCAAACUGUUGCAAUUUCUUACAAAGCUAAUGCAGCUCUUCCCUUUGGCACCAUCCUGGUGUUAGUUCUGCUACUGACAUUUGUUGCAUUUCCAUUGCUCGUUUUGGGCGGGAUUCUAGGCAAAAAUAGCCAAACUGAAUUUCAAGCUCCUUGCCACACCACAAAGUGCCCAAGAGAUAUUCCACCACUCCCCUGGUAUAGGGGUGUUCUUCCUCAGAUGGCAUUGGCUGGUAUUCUACCUUUUGCUGUUGUGUACACUGAGCUUUACUACAUAUUUGCUAGUGUCUGGGGUCAUAGGAUCUACACAAUAUACAGCAUCCUAUUUGUCGUUUUCAUUGUUCUUCUGAUUGCCACUGCUUUGGUUACUGUGGCUUUGACUUACUUUCAGCUUGCUGCUGAAGAUCAUCAAUGGUGGUGGAGGUCCUUUCUUUGCGGUGGUUCAACUGGUUUGUAUAUUUUUGGCUACUGCUUUUAUUAUUACUAUGCGCGAACAGGUAUGCAUGGUUUCUUGCAAACCUCGUUCUUCUUUGGAUACAUGGCUUGCAUCUGCUAUGGUUUCUUCCUCAUGCUCGGGACUGUGGGUUUUAUUGCCUCCUUGCUCUUUGUCCGUCACAUAUAUGGGUCUAUUAAGUGUGAUUAGUGUGUCUACCAUUAUUUGUGGGAGUAUGAUUUGUAUCUCAAGUAUGCUUCCAAAGUGCCUCAGAAUUCAAAGCAGAAGAUGCAAGUCAGGCUUUAGGGACUUUUUGUACAUUGAGGAUUAUUAAUAUUGGGAUGUAAAUAAUAUCUGAGACAUUAUAAAUGGAAAAGUGGAAAACUGCUUGCUUCUUUUCAGUACUUUC